GUAGUCACCCGAGGGAGGGACUAUAUGGAAGUUUAAUGUGGAUAUAACAUUACUACACUCAGUAAAAUAGUGAAAUGGUGCUGAAAUAAAAUGUCUAAAGUGCACUUAUAUCUUAAUUAAUAAAUUCAGUUAGAACAGAACUCUUCACAAUGGCUGGCUCUGUAGUUCCUCUGUUGUUUACAUGUGUGUGGAUAAUGCUGUGUGUAACAGCUGAUGACAGUAUGGUGUUCAUUCCUGGUGGUGAUGUGAAAAUCGGAACAAAUGCUGCUGACGGCAGAGAUGGUGAAUCUCCUAUCAGAUCUGUAACUGUUGAGCAGUUCAAGAUGGAUAAAUAUCCAGUCACUAACUCUCAUUUUAGAGAAUUUGUCAGGUUGCAGAAGUAUAAAACAGAGGCCGAGACAUUCGGAUGGAGUUUCGUGUUCCAGGAUUUUGUGUCUGAGCAGCUGAAAAGCAAGAUCACUCAGAAGAUAGAGUCUGCACCCUGGUGGCUUCCAGUUGAGAAGGCAUUUUGGAGACAGCCCAGUGGACCAAAUACGGGUAUUAAAGAUCGUCUAGACUCCCCAGUGGUGCAGGUGAGCUGGAACGAUGCUCAGGCUUACUGUAAGUGGAAGAAGAAAAGGCUACCUAGUGAAGAGGAGUGGGAAAUUGCUGCCCGUGGAGGACUAGAUGGAAGGACGUACCCAUGGGGCAACAAGUUCCUACAAAAUCGAACCAACUUGUGGCAGGGGACAUUCCCAGAUGGGGACACAGCGGAGGACGGGUAUCAUGGUGUAGCACCUGUAACAGCAUUUCCACAACAGAAUAAUUAUGGAUUAUAUGACAUGCUGGGUAACGUGUGGGAAUGGACGUCUUCACGCUUCCCCUCAGCUCAGUCUAUGUAUGUCCUGCGCGGUGCAUCAUGGAUCGAUACUGCAGAUGGAUCAGCCAAUCACAGGGCACGUGUCACCACCCGAAUGGGGAACACACCAGAUUCAGCAUCAGAUAACUUAGGCUUCCGCUGUGCUGCAGACUACAAGUCUAAAAACCAGAAGAGCAAAGAAAACACUGAGCUGUAAGGACGAAUCAGGAGAGGAUGCCGGACGGGCACUUGGAUUUUAAUAAUGCAUUUCUCCUGUGGAGACCAGAACUCACCAUUAAUUAUAGAAGCUUUCCACUUAACACUGUAAAAAUAAAAGCAGCAUUUUAAGAUA